AUGAAUGCGGUUACGCAGGCUAGCGUGGAGGCGAGCAUCCUCUGCACGCUGAUAACGCAGCCAAUAUGGGUGAUCAAGACCAGGAUGCUGCUGAACACGAACCCCAAAAUCAGCGAGUACCAGAACUUCAAGCGCCAGGUGAAGGAAGUCUACUCCCACUACGGUCUCAAGGGAGCCUUGCGAGGACUGGAGCUCAGCUUGAUCCUCUCCUUUUCUGGAGUGAUUCAGAUGUAUGUCUACGAGGGGUCCAAAAUCCUCUUCGACAGGCUGAAACUGCCCGAGUCCAGACUGGGAGAGAAGCACUUCAUCUGCGGCAGCCUCAGCAAGAUCUUCUCGAUCCUACUCUCAUACCCCAUCACUACCCUCCGCACCAGAAUACAGCAGAGCCAAUUUGUCACUUGCUCCUCCGACCAGAAAUACAAAUCGCUGCGGGACCUCGCGGGCAGGACGUGGCGGGAGGAGGGAGUUCGUGGGCUUUACAAGGGCAUGAACGCAAACUUGAUGAAGGGGAUGAGUCAGAAGGGAAUUUACUUUUACUUCUACGAGAUUUUCAAGCAGUAUCUCUUCCCCAGUCUGCAGGAGGGCAAAAUUUACUGA